UGUCUGCUCGGGUCUCCCCAGACGGCAGAGAACUGCAGUUCCACCCAAACAAACAAUUUGAAAUAUUGUUGUGGCGUCUCUGUUUCACGUUAUUUACCGUGUGAGCGCCGCAUAAAAUCAAUACCCGUCUUGUGGGAGCGGAGGAGGGCUCUCCUCUUCGAAAUAAACCCGUAACUCGGCGUGAGAAGCGCGACUGGGCUGAGACAUGUCGUGUGAGGAGAGCUACUUGGCCAUCAUUCGCUAUCUGACCGACGAGCGGGAGCCGUACGCGCCGGGGACGUCCGGUAACACCAAGAGGAAAAUACGCAAAGCGGCGACCUGCUACGUUGUGCGGAACGGGACGUUGUUUUACCAGCGCCGGCUGAAGGACCAGAAUGAGUUCACGGAGCUGGAGGUGGUGCUGCAGGCCGGCCGGAGGAACGAACUUAUCAGCGAGGCGCACAUUAUGGUCGGAGGGGAGCACCUGAACCAGCAGCUCACCUGGGAAGUCAUCUCCCAGAAGUACUGGUGGAGAGGUAUCCUGAAAAAUGUCAAAGACCACAUCAGAAAAUGUGUUUACUGUCAGAGCAGGCGGAGCGCUGAUGAUGGAUCCGGGGCUCGAUCGUAUGCCCGGCCGGGGAAACGCAAGACGACCACCAACAUGAUUGAUGAAGAGUACGAGGAAGAUGAGGAAGAUGAGGGAGAUGAGAGUUUAUUUUUUGGUGAUUCUUUCUACCAGCAGAGAUCUAAAAUGGCAAAGGGAAUGGCCAAACAUGAACUGGUCUUUGUUGACAGUAAAGGUGAAGUGAAUCAGUUCCUGCCCAAACACAGCCAGACGAUGUUGGACAAACUCAACCAGCAGCGUCUCAGUAAUCAGUUCUGUGACAUCACGUUGCUGAUCGAAGGAGAGGAGUAUCGCGCACACAAAGCUGUGCUGGCAGCCUGCAGCGAGUACUUCAACGAGCUCUUCUUUGAGAAGGGGGCUGCGUCCACACAUGAGGCUGUGGUUGACCUCUCUGGUUUCACCAAAGCCAGUUUCUUGCCACUGCUGGAUUUUGCGUACACUUCAAUGCUUACAUUUAAUUUCUGCAUAAUGGCGGACAUUGCCAACCUCGCCCGGCACUUGCUGAUGACGGAGGUGCUGCAGAUCUGUGAGUCGGUGCACAAGCAGGUGGAGCAACAGAAGCUGACGGUGUAUCAAAGAGGAGAUGUGCACACUGUGGUGUCGAGCCAGCUGACUUCUCCGGAGUCGAAGGCCGAGUCUGACGCCUACAUGGUGACCAUACAGAGCGACGGCAGGGCGAUGGUCACACACAGUGGUGUCGCUGUAUCAGGCGAGUCUUUGGCUUUUGUUGCAGCUCCAAAAGAAGCCUACAUCCAGCAGCAGAUGACAGUCGUCACUCAGGCUGUGGAAGGAGCCCAAGUUCACGUUGAGGAGGCCGGACAGAGUGACACUGUAGCCCUGAUCGCUCAGAGCGGUCCGACACAACCAGGAGAGACCGUCACUCUUAUCUCAGGAAAUGCAGAAGGACUGGAGGGGGAGACGAUGACUGUGGUCACCCACAGUGGACAAGCCGGAGCCAGCGAGUCGCUCGCCGUGGUGUCGGCCUGCUUGGCGAUGGAGCAGCCGCAGGCUGCUGAAGCAGGAGCUAUUGUUAUAAAUGUAGAUCCAGACAAAAUGAGUCCCUCUGAGGUCGCCAAGCUGGCAUCUGCAGCGACUUCGCCUCAGACGGAAACUACAGAGCCCCAGAGAGUUGAACCAGUGCCUGCACCACCAGCCCGCAAACGAGGGCGUCCAGCCAAAGUGAAGAAGGACGUGGAGGUGGAGAAGUUCCUGCCGCUGGAGGAGGAGGAUCCAUCUGUGGAUGAAAGCCACGCAGACAAGCAGGAGCUGAUGUCAGAUGACCCAACCAAAAGGCGACUCCGGCAACGCUCUAUUGGUGAGGGCGGCUAUGCUCGUCUGCAUAUGGGGCUGGAGGAUGAAGAAGAGGCCAAGAAAGGUUCAACUCCACCGCGGGCAGCCACACCUGCCAAGAUGACUCCACGGCCCGGGAAGAGAGGAAGACCACCAAAGCAGCCAGUGCAGACUCAUGUGGAGGGACAGUCAGUGUCUGAAUCUGUGUCAGAGCCAGAGGUCAGCACUAUGGAGGCGUUGACGACAGCAGAGGACAGCACAGAGGAGGCAGCGACGAAGGCGGCAGAUCCAGAGACCGGAGCCAAGCCGGAACGAACCCCAGCAGAGAGCGCCGUGGAGGGAGAACACACCUGCUCUGAGUGCGGCAUGUCCUUCCAGAGACGCUACUCCCUCAUCAUGCACACGUUAAAACAUGAGAAAGCUCGUGGAUACAAAUGCAGCCUGUGCAGUAAAGAGUUCCAGUACGCCGCCUCGCUCCGAGCCCAUCUGGCCCGACACAAGCAGCAGAGCAGCCAGCGAGCGCCCAUCUCCAAACCCGUGGCAGAACCCAACCCAGAUGGCAAAGCUGACAGCGAUGCGGAGGAGACGGCGUCGACGCUCACCAGAAGAGAAUUUGUGUGCGACAUCUGCGGGAAGACGUUACCGAAGCUGUACUCGCUGAGGAUCCACAUGCUGAACCACACCGGCGUUCGGCCUCACUCCUGCAAGGUCUGCGGCAAGACGUUCGCCCACAAACACAGCCUGAAGAUGCACCGAGUGCUGCACGACGUCACCAAGCAGUUUCAGUGUGAGUUCUGUACGAAGACGUUUGUGAGCAAGAGGAGCAUGGAGGAGCACACCAGCCUCCACACAGGUGAAUCGAAGUAUCUUUGCAACACGUGUGGAGCCACUUUCCACCGAGCCUCAGCUCUGAGCAAACACCUGAAGAAGCACCAACCCAAGCCUGAUGUCCGGCCGUUCGCUUGUGCUCACUGUGACAAGAGGUUUUACGAAGCAAAAGAUCUCCAGCAGCACAUGAACAAACACAUGGGUCUGAAGCCUUUCCAGUGUCAGGUGUGUGGGAAGUGCUACAGCUGGAAGAAGGACUGGUACUCUCACGUCAAGUCUCACAGCGUCGCCGAGCCUUUCAAGUGUAACGUAUGCGGUAAGGAGUUCUUUGAGAAGGCUUUGUUCAGGAGACACGUGAAGAAGGCGACACACGGGAAGAAAGGCCGAGUGAAGCAGAACCUGGAGAGAGAGUGCGAGCAGUGUGGCAGGAAGUUCACUCAGCUGAGAGAGUACAGACGCCACAUCAACAACCACCAGGGAGUGAAGCCCUUUGAAUGUCUGACUUGUGGCGUCGCCUGGGCCGACGCUCGCUCUCUGAAGCGCCACGUUCGUACUCACACCGGCGAGCGUCCGUACGUCUGUCCGAUGUGUCAGGAAGCUCACAUCGACGCUCGAACGCUUCGCAAGCACAUGGCCAAGUACCACGUGGACAGCCUGCCCGGAAAGAUCAUGCUGGAGAAGGACACGCUGCAGUUCCACAACCAGGGCACUCAGGUGGAGCACGCCGUCAGCAUCCUGGCCUCCGACCUGCCUCCAGAGCUCCGACCGGCCCAGCAGCCACCGUCAGAGGAGAUCGAGACAGUGCUGAUCACCGAGGAGACGGUGGAGGCGGUUCAGGCCGUCCAGGCGGUGAGCGACGGCUCGGUGGCGACGCUUUCGGAUCAGGGCAUCAUGCAGGUGGUGAACUAUGUCUUGGCCCAGCAGGCGCUCACUGGGGGCAAACUGGAGGAGGCCCCCGAGGAGGUACAGACCAUGGAGGUGGAGGUGGCUCAUGUAGCCGAGGUUGAGUAACUUCAGCACUCAGACUGAUCACAGGAUUCCUUCAGUCUCUAUAAAAUGUUUAAGACGCCUAUUUUUCUGGAAAUGUAAGUACCGUAAAAGGUGAGUUUCCGCACACGCUCACAUUUCUGUGUUUCUGUGUAAAUAGAUAGAAAUUCAGGAACAACAGGAAGUGAUGUAUUACAAGUCUGCAUUUGGAAAUACAAGUUGAAUGACGGCA